GUUCCGUUACAGAAGCGUGCACAAAAGAGGAUUUUGCCGCGUGCGCUUUGGCGCUGUGUGAUGUUGUUCUAACGCCCCGUCGCCUUGUUUACCGGUAUUUUCUAUAGAAAAUGGAGGCGUUUAGCCAAAUAAUUUUGGAAUAUCCUGAGUUAAUGUACGGAGGAGUUGGAGUCACGGCUUUUGUCACCGGUGGAGCGCUCAUAUACAAAAUUGCCACCAGAAAGAAGCCAACACAUGCAAGUGUGAACUGCUGGUUCUGCAAUGAGAACACAGUGGUGCCUUAUGGGAACAGAAACUGCUGGGACUGUCCAAGCUGUGAACAGUACAAUGGUUUCCAGGAGAAUGGAGAUUACAACAAAACCAUCCCGGCUCAGCACAAGGCAAAUCUGAACCAUGGUGUAUCUGGAAGCCUUCCCUCAUCUGAGACACCGAAGAUACUACAGUGGGUCAACUGUCAGAUGCUCUUGUGCAAGAAGUGCAAUAAUAACCAGACUCUAAAGAUCAAGCAGUUGGCCUCAUUUAUCCCUCGGGACGAUGAAAAUUACGACGAGGAAAUUGAAGCAUACAAGCACCACCUGGAACAGACCUAUAAGUUAUGCAGGCCAUGCCAGACAGCAGUGGAGUAUUACAUUAAAUAUCAAAACCGACAGCUGCGUACAGUGCUCCUAAACCAUCAGCUUCGACGCUCUGUGAAGAGCUUUGAAAAGAACUCCUAUUCUCUGUCUCCUCCUCUGGGGGUCACACUGUUGCGUACUCUGGCCUUCCUGGUUUGUGCUUUCCUAGUUGCCACAGCUUUCUGUGAAUUUCCAGACCAGCCUCUGUCAUCUAGUGGCCCACAGACAAUAAACGAUGGUGUCACUCUUAAAACCCUUAACGAAUCCACCUCCAAAAACGAUAGCAGUGGAAAUUUACCUGUAUGGCAGGGUCUGCUGGAUCUCCUCCCAAACAAUGUCACACAAAAUGUAUUGCUGAUUUGGCAACAUGGAAAGGACAACCAGCUGGUUGUGGUCUCUGUUGGCCUGUUGACUUGCCUUACUUCAAUCUUCUUAGCAGGAUCUGCAAGACUGAGGAGAAUUGAUGCUGUGGCCUCUGUCUUGUGGUUCCUCGUUCUGUGCCUCUUCCUGGCUGAUAGCUACUGGCCUGGUGCCUUGGGUUGGAUGGACACAGCCAAGAACAGUAGCAUCACUCUGUGUUGCCUUGUCAGCUUUGCAUCUGCUCUGGCAACUCGAAAACCACAGGGUCUGCGAAGAGGCAAAUAUAGAAGAUACCUUGCAGGCAGCUCUGCAACUCCCACAUUCAGCAACCAGGCUCCUCUGUUCUUUCCUCACCCGGCAGAGUCUUUCAUCCCCACUCCACCCCCAAAUCUUUCCAAACUCAUCAGCUGUCAACAGAGUCGUCACAAAUGCAGCGAUUCUCCCUCCUCUCUGCCUGGACGGUUGAGCAGAACCCUCUGCCUUGGCACCAUCCCUUCCAUCAAACGGACAGAUUCUGGUUACCUGUUUAGUGGAAGUAGACCAACCUCUCAAUAUACAGACUCUCCACCCUCAGACUACUUUUCACUGAAGUCUUGGAGCCACCCAUCAUCCCCGAGUCACUCUCCAACCCCUUCAAUCGCUGGGUCGUGCAUCUCCAGUUCAGAGUCGGCCAGGCGUCGUCCCCUCAUCAGCCCAGCUCGCCUCAACAUCUGCAGCCAGAAGCAGUGGCAUUUCUGUCCAGAUCCAGAACCCAAGCUCUUCUCAACCCCACCCGCAUCUCCAGCAUAUUCUACUGUUGGACCCGACUCUCCCAUUUAUAGUGGCCGUUUUUCACCCGACAUUUCCCCUUUCCAAAGCCAAAAUGAUUUGAGUUUGAGACAUGGCAGCGUGAUUGAUAAGGAAGAGAAGAGUGAGAGGGCCAGCUCCUCGGGCUCAUCCUCGUGCGUGGUUGGCACAACAACACAGGUGCCGGAGAGUACUCCUCCCUCAAAAGGUUUAUUCAAUCGUCUCAGCUUGCCGGGGAUUCUAACGAUGAGCCUGGCUGCCAACCUGUUCCUCACCUGCUUCUGUAUGUACCACUACUGGACAUGAACUUUUAACGGAUCAGAUGCUGUCUUCAUGACUGUUUAGAAAGUGCCAGAAAGCAUCAACAUUAGGGCAGUUACUUUGUUUCUUGGCCCUUAGUAAAAAAUACAGGCGUCAGCUGCUGAUUGUUUUUCACAACAAUACCUCCCUUUUGUUGAAGAUGCGAGAAAAAUAAACAUCAAAUACUGCACUUUUAAAUGUGUGGUUUGUGACUAUUUGAAGAUAUUUUUCUGCUUUUGCCUCAUUUCAUAUUUGGCUUAGUCGUGAACUGUUACUGUGGAAGUGGACAUAUUUAUUUAGAUAAGACACCAACGGAUAACAUUUUGAUGAAGCUUUGAGUUUGCAUGAACAAGGGAUCCAAGCAGUUGAGACAGGACUUUGUCUCUAACAUAAGUCUGUCCAAAUAUGUGAGACAAGGCCCUUGUCUGUUGUCUGGUGUGCUGCUUUUGCCAAACAUUGGGAUGCAUUAAGUAGCGUGUUAUUUUUCUUUUUGCAUUUUUGAAAUUUGUACAGAAAUUUGCAUUGUAAUCAGGUUUGCAACUAGCGAUUAUUUUCAAAAUGUAUAAAUCAACAAGUGUUUUGGCCCAGAAAAUAUUGAAAGCUGUCAAUUUGUUUCCCUUAUCAUCCACAUGAUGAUGGUGUCUUAAUACGGUGCAUGUUUCACCUCAUUUUUUCAGGUUUUCCCUUUUCAUUUGUGACCUGUCUGUGUAUUCAGUGGGGAUAGAUUGUCAGAUUGCAUCCUCCUGUCUAUUCUUUGUAAUACAGUUUACAUUUAACAUUUUUAAUAUUGUGGUCAUUUAGAUCAUACACCAGAACUCACAGUUAAAACAGAAAAAAUGGUUAAUUUUCUGUUGUCGCUGAUAUUCAUGGCUGAAUUUGUACGGAGCAAAACUCCUAUGGUGCAAUACAAAGAUUAUAUUUAUAAGUGUAUUUAAAUUUUUUUGCACUUUUCUCUUUUUUUUCCCCUGUGCUCAUUUGUGCUGAAUCAUGAAUGUCUAAAAUCAUAUCUAUGAUUUGAAAUUGUAGUAUUAGAAAUCUAGAGCACGUAUGGUUAUUUGUGUGGAUGCUGAACUGCUUUUCCACUACAUGGUCCCGACACUUUUUUUUGCUUUCCAUUAGCAGUAGUACCUGGCCCUUUCCUUUCGUACCUGCUCUGCUCUGGCAAGCGAGCUGAGCCGAUUACUAUAUGUGACGUCGUCAGAAUGCCGUCCACUGAUUGGCCAGAGUGCCGUCACAGGAAGAGGCAGAAGCGCGAUGUCCGACACAAGAAUCGGAAUGAACAAUGCCAAACUGUAGAUCAAUUAAAAAUACUGAAAACAUCAGGAGCCUGAUGUAUUUAUGAUGGCGAGCCGCAUCCCAAUCCUAGCCGUUGUAUUUCAGUUCAGUGUCUGUGCUCCGGUCAUGCAGGAAGUAUCAAAAUCUUUUCAAUGAACUGAUUCUAAUGAUUCAGUACACUGAAAGUAACUGCUUUACAAGUCACUAGUUUGUGUGUGUCGCGUAUGUAACAAAGUCACGGCAGUGUAAACCUACCUUAACUGUGGAGGCGGGACCAUGUAGUGGAGAAGCGCCAAUCGUCUACAGCAAGUUAUACGUGUGUACGUGUGUGAACAGGUUACAGCGUUUUCAAUGUAGAAUAUUGUAUGUUGGGGCUUUUUGGUGUAUUGUUUUUUUGCAAGAAAAGUUUUGCAUUGAUGAAUAAACAUGUACUUGAUUUUAAAGUACAGUACAGUUACUGAAACACUACUGAAGGACAAAAACACUGUCAUAUUGUCUUAAGUUAUGAAUAAUAGUCGUGAAAGCUAUUACAACUUAUCGACAGACUGAAUAUGCAAUGGUGCAUUUGUACGUGACGUGUAUCCUGGCCUAUGUUUAUUUCUUCUCUGAAGAAGCUCAUUAAUUGAAAGAUCAGGUACAUGUUGUGAAAGUUCAUUGUGUUUUUUAGACAACAGGAAUUAUUCCUUUACCUUGACGGCAUGUAUCUUCCGCCUUCCUCACAACUUAUCAGCUGUUGUUGCUGAUAAGAACCUGUGCACACGUUUCUGGUUGUGUAUUUUUUUCAGACAAAAUAUGACCCUACCGGCUUUCCAUACACGUGUCCUUAUUUCCACCGUUAGUAUUGGUUUUCUUCUGCGUGAAUGACUCUGGCCUCUUCCCAGUACAUUACGUGAUUCUGUCCUUUGCCCACAAUGCUGUAACCUGUUCACACAUGUAUAACUUCCUGUAGACAAUUGCCACUACAUGGUCCCGCCUCAGCUCGGCACAGCUCAUUAUGCUGAACGAGACAAAUCUCAUUUCAUUUUAGUAUAAAAUGUGUGUCUGUAUGAAAAUUGAAUUCGUAUUUAUUGUCAGAUUUCCGUUGAAGUGUAUUACUGUACUUUUGCAGCUGUGUGUGUGCUUUCCAGUCACCUUUAUGUCGAGUCAAAGCUUCUUCAUAAUGCGUUAAUAUUCUCACUAAUGGUUUGAAGGGUUGUUGUGUUCAGUGAUGCCAAUGUUUGUCUGCAAAAGCUGUUUUGGUCUGAGUGAUUGUAAGAAACGAUGCAGGAUUGUUUCAUGUGGACCAAUACUUUUUGAAUAAAGUGUUCCGUUUCUA